CAUUAUUUUUUCCUAUGCAAAAAAAAAGACGUUCAAAAUAAGUACAUAAGAUCAUUUUAUAGAAAAAAUGAACAUGGAAUUGUUUCUCAAAUUAAUUUCACUGUUUUUAUCGAUGCAAUUUUUGGGAUCCGAAUGUCAGACCAAUGCGAAAUGGUUGCAACCGGCCGGAAUCGAAACUGAUUUCCAAUUGCAUCAUACAAUAACUAAAGAAAAGGUUCCUCUUAUUGUUAAAAACAAGACUUUCAUUACUUGGUAUAUUUGUGGUCCGACCGUAUACGAUUCUGCUCACAUUGGACAUGCCAGCACUUAUAUGAGAUUCGACAUCAUUAGAAGAAUAUUACAAAAGUACUCAGAUAAAUCAAUCGUUCAAGCGAUGUCUAUUACGAAUAUAGACGAUAAGAUCAUCGCAAAGUCGGCUGAAACCGGAUUGCAGUGGGAAGUACUGACGAAAACUUACGAAAGAGAAUUCUUCUCUGAUUUAGCGUCUUUGAAUAUCGCUAAGCCGACAAUUGUUGCCAGAGCCACGGACCAUAUUCCUCAAAUGAUCAGCUUCAUCGAACGUCUGAUACAGAAGAAUUUGGCUUAUCGAUCUGCAGAUGGUUCGGUGUACUUUGAUUUGCAGAAUUAUGCAAAAGGUGGUAAAUUUAGAACAGUAGAUGUUUCUCAGCCGGGAAAUGAGUUCAAAAAAUGUGCAGCCGAUUUCGCUUUGUGGAAAGCAGCUAAACCUUCUGAACCAUUUUGGAAAUCACCUUGGGGCCCAGGACGACCCGGAUGGCAUAUUGAAUGCUCAGCUAUUGCCAGCAAAUAUUUCGGUGAUUCGAUUGAUAUCCAUAGUGGAGGAUAUGACUUAAUUUUUCCACAUCAUGAGAACGAAGAAACGCAGUGCUGUGCUUAUCACGAAGUCAAUCAAUGGGUAAACUACUGGAUACAUUCCGGACAAUUGUUUUUAGCGAAAGAUAGUCAGAAGAUGUCCAAAUCGCUGAAAAAUACCAUUAGUAUACGAGACUUUUUAAAUUCUUACUCUCGUGAUCAUUUUCGUAUGCUGUGUUUUAUGAGCAAUUAUAGAUCAAAUAUUGAAUUUUCUGACGAACUUAUGGAUAUGAGUGUGAACUAUUACACAAAAUUCGUAAAUUUCUUCGACGGUUGUUUGGCUUAUAUUAACGGAUAUUCUACGAAAGGUGACAUUGAUGGACCAAAAUUACUGCAAAUUUUAAAUGAAACUAAGAUCAACGUGAUGAAAGCUGUUCGAGACGAUUUCAAUACCGAAGCUUGUUUAACGCAUCUUUUUCAUUUAAUUCACGAGACUAACAAAAUGCUAUUUCCUGAUUCGGGAAAUAGAAACCCAGUCGCAGUAGCUCUAGUCUAUCAAUAUAUUUAUGAUACUCUGAAUGAAUUUGGAUUCAGUUUCGGUGAUUCAGCUGCGGAUGCUGAUUCUAAAUUAAAUGCUAGAUUAGAAGCUGUGAUCGAUACAACCGUAACAUUUCGUGAUAAAGUUAGAACAGCUGCAUUACAGUCGAAUGGUGAUAACAAAAAUGAUUUAUUACAAUUGUGCGAUCAAGCUCGACGAGAACUUCAGUGCCAAGGAAUUAAUAUCAAGGAUAACAAAAACCAAAAAUCAACUUGGACUUAUUCUGAACCGAAAGAAAAAUGAUUCAAGCUCCUGUAACAUUCAUCACGAACGAAUUAUUACCCUCUUGACCGAAGAAAGCAUUCUUGACAUGGAAAUUGAUGAUGGAAUCGGAUGCUCAGGAUGGUUUCACGAGGAAAAAAUACGUCAUUUUGUACGAUCAGUUCAAUUAUCAGAGAAACCUAUUCAUAUUCGGCGUACUUCGAAGGCUCUAACUUUGACCAAGCAAGAAUUUUACUGAAGGAAUUGAAGAAUUGAUCGUUUGUUUGAAAAUAAUAAUUAAAUUUUUAAAAUUCUCGAAAAAAUUAUGUUUUUGAAAUUAUACAUCAAAGUUUUGUGAUAAUAUUGUAAGAAUUGUUUUAAAAAGUUUUAAAAAAAAAUUGAAGUACAAUUUCUAAAAAAUUA